UACUUGUGAAGCGCGAGUCGUCUCUUGAAGUGUGCAUCCUCCUCCUUGUUUUGUACAGUCUUCCUUUGCACUAGUAUCUCUUGUUUGAUAAAUUCAGACAGGAGUCAGCAGAGCCCUGCUUGCUAUCCGGAGGACCUGCAGAGUGUGUUUGUGACCGCGGACAUGGCCUGCUCAGAGCUCGCACUUUUGAGUGUGUCGGACAAGACCGGCCUGCUGGACUUUGCCAAAAGGCUGGUGAACGUGGGACUGUCUCUGGUGGCCUCAGGUGGCACCGCCAAAGCCCUGCGCGAUGCUGGGCUGGCUGUCAGGGAUGUGUCCGAGCUGACGGGACAUCCGGAGAUGCUCGGAGGCAGGGUGAAGACUCUGCAUCCCGCCGUCCACGGAGGAAUCCUGGCCAGGAAGACCCCCACCGACUCCGCAGACAUGGAGAAGCUGGGCUACAGCCUGGUCAGAGUGGUGGUGUGCAACCUCUAUCCCUUUGUGAAGACCAUCUCUACCCCAAAUGUUACAGUAGAGGAUGCUGUGGAGCAGAUUGAUAUUGGUGGUGUAACGCUGCUCAGAGCUGCUGCCAAAAAUCAUUCGCGUGUCACCAUUGUGUGUGACCCUGCUGACUAUGCACUGGUCGCAACUGAGAUGGAGAAUUCAGAGGGCAAAGACACGACCUUGGACACACGCAAGACUCUGGCCCUCAAAGCCUUCACACACACAGCACAGUAUGAUGACGCCAUCUCGGACUACUUCCGUGGUCAGUACAGCCGUGGGGUUUCCCAGCUGCCCCUUCGCUAUGGCAUGAACCCCCACCAGGCGCCCGCCCAGCUCUACACCCUGCGCCCCACCCUGCCCAUCCAAGUGGUCAAUGGCUCCCCUGGAUUUAUCAAUUUAUGUGAUGCUCUGAAUGCCUGGCAGCUGGUCAGAGAAUUGAAGAGCGCCCUGGGCAUGGCGGCUGCCACCUCCUUCAAACAUGUCAGUCCUGCUGGAGCCGCAGUAGGAGUUCCUCUGAGUGAGGAGGAGGCCAAGGUGUGCAUGGUGAACGACAUGCUGAAGGAUCUCACCCCUCUGGCCACAGCCUAUGCCAGGGCGAGAGGUUCUGACAGAAUGUCAUCUUUUGGAGACUUCAUCGCUCUGUCAGAUGUGUGUGAUGUGCCCACAGCCAAGAUCAUAUCACGGGAGGUGUCUGAUGGCAUCAUUGCUCCCGGCUAUGACGAGGAAGCCCUGAAAAUCCUCUCCAAAAAGAAGAAUGGCAACUACUGUGUGCUUCAGAUGGACCCGGACUAUGAGCCUGAUGAGACUGAGGUGAGGAUGUUAUUCGGUCUCUAUCUCAAACAAAAAAGGAACGGAGCUCUCAUUGACAAGCAGCUCUUCAGCAACGUUGUUUCCAAGGGCUCGCUGUCUCCAGACGCUGUGCGGGACCUCAUUGUGGCCACCAUCGCGGUCAAGUACACCCAGUCCAACUCUGUCUGCUAUGCCAAAAAUGGACAGGUCAUAGGCAUCGGUGCAGGCCAGCAGUCCCGUAUCCACUGCACACGACUGGCAGGUGACAAAGCUGAUAACUGGUGGCUGAGACACCACCCCUGCGUCCUGGGCAUGAAGUUCCGCCCUGGUGUGAAACGGGCCGAGAUGGCCAACGCUAUCGACCAGUUUGUCAGCGGCACCAUUGGAGAGGGCCCGGACCUGGCAGUGUGGAAGUCGAUGUACGAAGAAGUGCCUGAGUCUUUGUCAGAGACGGAGAGGAAGAACUGGAUAAGCUCCCUGCAGGCGGUGGCUCUCAGCUCUGAUGCCUUCUUCCCCUUCAGAGACAACGUAGAUCGGGCCAAAUGGAGUGGUGUUGAGUAUAUCGCCGCUCCGGCGGGCUCGACUGCCGACGAGGUCGUGAUUAACGCCUGCGACGAGCAAGGCAUCACUCUGGUGCACACCAACCUGCGUCUCUUCCACCACUAAGCACCUCAGUGCCUUCCCAGUUUCUUUUUGUACUAAAAUAACAAUUUUUGCAUCAUGUCUGAAUUUGUUGUACGAUUAGGAAAACAAUGUUACUGAUAACUAAACAUUCCUGUCCUAAUGUGAUGCAUAAAAGGUAGAGGUCAGAAUACACAAUCUUAUAACUCAUUAACUGCAUUCCUGUCUUGUGAUUGGACUACUGAGACAUAACUGUUUGUUUAUGGACAUUUCAGCAUCAAAUAAACUGUUUCUGGCGCUUGAG